UCGAUGUGUGAAACGAGAUGGAUAUUAAGACACGAUGCUAUUAAUCGCUUUAAAGAAAUGUACAUUCCAAUAAUUCAUGCGUUAGAAGAUCUCCAAAAAUCAAUUAAUACCGAAACUUCCAAUAAAGCUUAUCAACUCCUUUCAGUAAUAUUAAAUGGCCAAUUUUUUAUUACUUUAAGCAUAAUAGAAAAAGUAUUUGCUUAUACAUUACCACUAUGUUAUAACUUACAAACUGUGAAUUCCGAUUUAACUGCUGCAUGUGAUCAUGUUCAAAAUAUAAUUGAUGCUCUUAGUAACCUUCGUGAAAACAGUGAUUCCAAUUUUAAAUUAAUAUAUGAUAAAUGUAAUCAAAUACUUAUUGAUGUAGGUAGUGAAGUGACAAUUCCUCGCUGUGUAAAAAAACAAACAAACCGGGAUAAUACUCCUUCACAAUCGCCUGAAGAGUAUUACAGACGCACAAUAUUUAAUUCAUUUUUAGACCAUACCAUUGUUCAUUUAUCAGACCGUUUUAUAAAACAUAAACAAAUAAUAACCGACUUAGAAAAAUUAAUUCCAAGUCGUAUUAAUGUAAAUUCACUAGAUCUAUCAAAAGAUACUAUAAUCUUUUAUGAAAGUUUAUUGCCAGAUUCUACAGUAUUUAAUGAAGAAUUCUCCACAUGGAAAUUAAAAUGGUUAAAAGAUAACAUUGAAAAAAAACCUUCAAAUGCAGUAGAGUCUUUAUUAGAAUGUGAUGAAAGAUUUUUCCCAAAUAUAAGAAAACUGUUGGAAAUAUUAGCAACUUUACCCGUGUCUACGGCAACUGCAGAAAGAACCUUUUCUACUUUACGGCGUCUCAAAACAUAUCUGCGCAACACAACUGGCGAAGAUCGGUUAACUGGGUUAGCUCUUCUUUCAAUUCAAAAAGAAAUUAACGUUGAUCCUAAUGAAGUGGUGAGAAGGUUCGCUUUAAUUCCUCGAAGACAAGGAUUUUUUUUUAUAUUAUCUAAUAACUAAUUAUAUAUAUAUAUAUCGAAAAAUUAUUUAAAAUG